AUGCUAAGCAGAGACAAUGAGCUGGCUCCGGCCUCUCCCUGUCACCUCGAACUCACAGCUCUGAUGACAAGGCACCGUUUGGGAGUUUGCUGUGGUUCCGUUCGGGUUUUGUCUGCACAGAAGUCCCGCCUUACAGCAGAAGAAGAGGAGUUCGUGUCAGAGGAGGGAGAGGAGCAGGCCGAGGAGAGAGAGGAGCAGGUCAAAGAGGGAGAGGAGCAGGCAGAGGAGGGAGAGGAGCAGGCCGAGGAGAGAGAGGAGCAGGCAGAGGAGGGAGGGGAGCAGGACGAGGAGGGAGAGGAGCCGGCCGAGGAAGGAGAGGAGCAGGCCGAGGAGGGAGAGGAGCAGGCCGAGGAGGGAGAGGAGCAGGCCGAGGAGAGAGAGGAGCAGGCCGAGGAGGGAGAGGAGCAGGCCGAGGAGAGAGAGGAGCAAGCCGAGGAGGGAGAGGAGCCGGCCGAGGAGGGAGAGGAGCAGGCCGAGGAGAGAGAGGAGCAGGCCGAGGAGGGAGAGGAGCAGGCCGAGGAGAGAGAGGAGCAGGUCAAAGAGGGAGAGGAGCAGGCAGAGGAGGGAGAGGAGCAAGCCGAGGAGGGAGAGGAGCCGGCCGAGGAGGGAGAGGAGCAGGCCGAGGAGGGAGAGGAGCAGGCCGAGGAGGGAGAGCAGCAGGCCGAGGAGGGAGAGGAGCAGGCCGAGGAGGGAGAGGAGCAGGCCGAGGAGGGAGAGGAGCAGGCCGAGGAGAAAGAGGAGCAGGCCGAGGAGGGAGAGGAGCAGGCCGAGGAGGGAGAGGAGCAAGCCGAGGAGGGAGAGGAGCAGGCCGAGGAGGGAGAGGAGCAGGCCGAGGAGGGAGAGGAGCAGGCCGAGGAGGGAGAGGAGCAAGCCGAGGAGGGAGAGGAGCAGGCCGAGGAGAAAGAGGAGCAGGCCGAGGAGGGAGAGGAGCAGGCCGAGGAGGGAGAGCAGCAGGCCGAGGAGGGAGAGGAGCAGGCCGAGGAGGGAGAGGAGCAGGCCGAGGAGGGAGAGGAGCAAGCCGAGGAGGGAGAGGAGCAGGCCGAGGAGGGAGAGAAGGAGGGCGGGCAAGACAACGCAUUGCCAUUACAGAUGAACUAA